GCCUCACAGAUAUCCACAGUCAACCAUACCCGGAUACAUUUUGGGGAAAAAAGGAGAUCAAACAAAAGGGUUGUAAUACCAGCACCUGGAAACGCCGUUCUCAAGACUAAUUAAAUGGGUGGGACAGAAGAGUCAGAGAAGAAACAUGAUAGCGAAGAGGAGCACAAGGAAAAACAUAACAAGGAGGAUGAGAAUGAUCACCAGCAGGAUGAGGAGGGAAAGAAGAAAAAGAAGAAGAAAGACAAAGAAGGUAAAGAUAAGGAUAAGGAAGAAGAUGGUGAUGGGCACGAAGAGAAGAAGAAGAAGAAGAAUCCUGAAGAUAAGAAGGAUUCUUCGAAGCUCAAGGCCAAGCUCCAAAAAAUAGAGACCAAGAUGCAGGAACUGAACCUCAAGAAGGAAGAGAUCCUCAAGCUUAUCCAUGAAGCUGAAACUAACCCCAAUCCUCCACCCCCAACCGAGGAUCACUAAGUCUUAACAUGAUGUAUUAUAGCAAUGUUUUUAAUCAACUCAUAAUAAACUUGUACUAAUUAAUCAAUUCUCAGAUCUCACCCCUACAAACUGCAGAUAAUAUUGGUGGGGCAAACCUAGCUAGACUUGCAUGUAAAGUGCGUCUUAUGUAUAUGUAUGAAUCCGUCACUCAUCUGCAUGUAAGUUUCCUUCUUUUUUUUUUUUUUUU